CCCCUCGAAUUGACGUCAGAAUGCAAAGUUCACGGUCUCAGUAAAUGGACAGUCAACGGAGGUGAAUUGAAACUGCGGCACCGCUGCCAACCAUCCUCUACUCCCACCUGCGCCCUCCAAGUUUACCUCCGUGACCAUGUCGCUACCGAAGCUCCGGUCGAUUGGGCAUUAUGGGGUGGUCCGGCGGAUGCAGACGUCUGCAUUUGCCUCGAAUCGUCGCUAUGAAGCUCUCUACCGCCACCAGACCGCCAUACGGAGCUUCUCGUCAUCACGAAGCUUUGGAGAAUCUGGCCGGGACCCAACAGGGAGUGAAGCUUCCCCGAAAUCUGCAUCAUCAGAGACAUCAAGGCCAAGCUCGACCGGUCAAAGCUCUCAAACAACUACAGGCUCGAAGUCCUCGACUCCUGAGGGCACCAAGGUGGAUUGGGAAGAUAAUCCGGAUUUCAGCAUAUCGAACUUCUCGCAGCUCCCACACACGAACUUCGGCGUCAACCAGCACAUGCUGAUCAAUGAUGAGGUUAAAGAGGCGUUGCGCCAGGUUUUGUGGCAGUUCAGAGCUCCAAUUCGAUAUGCGUUUGCUUAUGGAUCCGGGGUGUUCCCACAAUCGAAACCUUCAACGCCAUCGUCAACACCUUCGAGCCGUACAUCCAUACAUCCAAAUGCACCUCCCGCGAUAGCCAAAGCUCAAGAUGGCCAACCGAAAAUGAUUGAUUUCAUAUUCGGUGUUUCAUACACGGAACAUUGGCACUCCCUGAACCUUAACCAGCACCGCGACCACUAUUCUGGACUUGGCUCUUUAGGUUCGGGGGCUGUCAGUUCUGUGCAGGACAAGUUCGGUGCUGGUGUUUAUUUCAACCCUUAUGUCAAUGUCAAUGGCAUGCUCAUCAAGUACGGCGUUGUCAACCUGGACACGCUAUGCACCGAUCUCUCCGAAUGGUCCACCCUCUACAUCGCAGGCCGCCUCCACAAACCCGUGAAGAUCUUGCGGGAUGACCCGCGAGUCCGCCUCGCCAACCAGAUCAACCUGCUUUCCGCGUUGCGAACCUCGCUCCUACUCCUCCCACCCUCUUUCACUGAGAUGGAGCUGUACGCAACGAUCGCCGGGAUCAGCUACAUGGGAGAUCCGAGGAUGGCCCUGCCCACCGAGGAUCCAAGCAAGGUCGCGAACAUCGUAGGCAACAACCUGCCCAACUUCCGCCGCCUAUACGCGCCCCUGAUCGAGAAUCUCCCGAACGUAGACUUUAACGACCCAAUCUGCUCGCGACCCGGCUGGGCCUCUGACCCGAACACCAACGCCCGCCUAGAGCAAGACAUGGACCCCAUAAAGCGCGGCAACAUGGUGCGCCGCCUCCCCAAAGCCUUCCGCUCAAAGCUCUACUUCCAGUUCCAGAAGAAAUUCCAGAUCCCCCAGCUCGAGUUCAACAAGAUGAUGGAAGAAUCUACCGACGAAGACGCCGUCGGCUUCAAGCGCCGACUCGGCGGUGGAUUUGAGCGCCGGAUCGCACAGGAGCCGGCGGAGGAGCUGAGGAACGAGGUGAGAGGCGUUAUUAAGAAGACGAUUGGAUGGCCGAGCACGGUGCAGAGUCUGAAGGGGAUCGCGACGGGGGGGUUCGCGAGGACGUAUAGGUAUAUGAGUGAGAAGAUGGAUAAGCACGCGCAAGGCAAGAAGAAGGCUGCUGAGGCCGCGACGCUGGCUAAGGAGAAGGAAGCGUCUGUCAAGGCUGCCGAAAAAGAAUCGUCGGCCAAGGAGGCGGAGAAGCCUGCAAACAAGGACGCAUAACCGGAGUGAGGGACUGCGGAUUAGGACGAUUUUGACGAGUUUCCUUAUGAGUUGUAUAGAAUAGGGGGGAGGCGGGCUGGUGGAGUGAAAGCAUACAAGCGGAUCAUUGGCGGUGGCGCACCCGCGCCAUAUCGCUGUUUCAAGGCGGCCUAACGUGGCUGGGAAUUUUUUCUUUUGUUUGUCUUACUUAUUGAUACGUGCUGCAUAGAGGUGCGAACAUGGAGGCUAGCUGUUUAUGGGGGG